AUCGUCGUUUGUGCUCCGGCCCAGAGCUCUGCCUCUCUCCUCUCCCCGCUCCUCUCCGACUUGUUGCGCCGCUGUUUACCUUCUCGUUCCUGGAGCCCUGAGCGACGUCCAUGAACAUCUAUUCUCUUUCUAUUUCACUAUUUGCCUCUACUUUUCGCUUUUUGCCUCGGGCUUGGAAUGAAGCAACAAACGCACUCUCAGGAGUGAGCGUCAGCGCGGGGAGGGAAGCUGCCGCUGCCGCCGCUGCUUAAAAUGCAACACACGUGACCGUCGCUCGUCCAGACGGCACGCGCGGCGGAGGUGAUGGAAGAACCCGCGCGCAGAGGCUGGAAGAAAUGCCAACAAAAACAACAAAAUCAACAACCACAACAACAACAAGGACUAGGACACGCAUGCGGACGCGAGGGCUGCGAGCACGAGCGACUGAGACGCCGAUCCGCUUCCACAGGUGAUCGGAGCGCAUUAUUGUUCCCAGAUAGCGCGGACAAAUACGCACGGUGGUAGAGCGCCAAAGAGGAGAGGAGAGAGGGCGACUGAGGGUGGAGGGGGGGGCGGGACGUUUGGGCACGACGCAAACCCAAGCAAGGGGCACUGCGCGUGUGUUUCUGUGUGUGCGUGUGUCUCUGAUUGUCUGGGUGUUUGUGUGUGCGUGCCGAGAAGCGUUGCCCUUUUGGGGGUUGGAGAAAGAUGACCGUUGUGCUCGGGGAGAACCUGGAUGAGACUGUGGCACUUGCAGCCCUGUCCCAUGACGUGUACCGGCCCGAGCGGGGAGGGGACCAGGAGUGUUGCGAGCGGGUGGUGGUCAACAUCUCCGGCCUGCGCUUCGAGACCCAGCUGCGGACCCUGGCGCAGUUUCCCGCCACCCUGCUGGGCGACCCCCGCAAGAGGAUGCGCUUCUUCGACCCGCUGCGCAACGAGUACUUCUUCGACCGCAACCGGCCCAGCUUCGACGCCAUCCUGUACUACUACCAGUCGGGCGGGCGGCUGCGGCGGCCGGUCAACGUGCCCGUGGACAUCUUCAUGGAGGAGAUCAAGUUCUACGAGCUGGGCGAGGAGGUCAUCGAGAACUUCAAGGAGGACGAGGGCUUCAUCAAGGAGGAGGAGCGGCCCCUGCCGGACCACGAGUUCCAGCGGCAGGUGUGGCUGCUCUUCGAGUACCCGGAGAGCUCGGGUCCCGCCCGGGGCAUCGCCAUCGUGUCCGUGCUGGUCAUCCUCAUCUCCAUCGUCAUCUUCUGCCUGGAGACGCUCCCCGAGUUCCGGGAGGACUCCGGGAGGUCGCACGGCAACGGCGACCGAGCCCCGGCGCUAAACGGCACGACGGUGCGCGGCGGCGGCGGCGAGAAGCCCAACCCGUUCACGGAUCCGUUCUUCAUCGUGGAGACCCUGUGCAUCAUCUGGUUCUCCUUCGAGUUGCUGGUGCGCUUCCUGGCGUGCCCGAGCAAGGCGGCGUUCUUCAAGAACAUCAUGAACACCAUCGACAUCGUGGCCAUCAUGCCGUACUUCAUCACCCUGGGCCUGGAGCUGGCGGAGCACCAGGGCAACGGCCAGCAGGCCAUGUCCCUGGCCAUCCUCAGGGUCAUCCGCCUGGUCAGGGUCUUCAGGAUCUUCAAGCUGUCCCGCCACUCCAAGGGGCUGCAGAUCCUGGGGAAGACCCUUCAGGCCAGCAUGCGGGAGCUGGGCCUGCUCAUCUUCUUCCUGUUCAUCGGCGUCAUCCUCUUCUCGAGCGCCGUGUACUUCGCCGAGACGGACGACCCCGACUCGGGGUUCAGCAGCAUCCCCGACGCCUUCUGGUGGGCCGUGGUGUCCAUGACGACGGUGGGCUACGGCGACAUGUGCCCCGUCACCAUCGGCGGCAAGAUCGUGGGCUCGCUGUGCGCCAUCGCCGGGGUGCUCACCAUCGCGCUGCCCGUGCCGGUCAUCGUGUCCAACUUCAACUACUUCUACCACCGCGAGACGGAGCACGAGGAGCAGUUCCGGUACACCCACGUGACCUGCGGCCAGCAGCAGCUGCCCAGCUUCGGGGAGUUCAAGAAGAGCGAAAGCAAGCCGUCGCUGUGCAAGUCGGACUACACGGUCGACAGCGAGGGGGUCAGCGAGGACGCCGUGUCCAUCAAGUACACCAACUGCAGCCCGCAGAAGGUCACCUACUCGGCCAAGCUCACCACCGUGUGAUACUGCGUGGAGUAUGGGAGCGGUUUCUUUUGGGGGGGUUUGGGGAGGUGUGAGGGACGCUCUUUUUGUGUCCAGUGGGGGUAUCGCUGAGUCCUCAUCGACCCGCGUGCUGUCGGUGGGGAGUACAGGCAUGCUUUCAUUUCUCUGGCGUCGCCCCAAAAUAUGAAUCAACGAGUUGUGCGGUGGAGAGUGUCAUGAGACACACAUGGAUGAUUCCUAAUCAAAGGCUCUCUAACAUUUCCUACACGGAUCAGUCUUCCAUCAUGUGCACCGUUAUUAUAAUAAUAAUAAUUAUUAUUUGAUCACCAUUGAAGGGACAAAAAAAAUAGCAGCGCUUUGAAGUUAUUGUCAGCUUAGGCAUAUCGUAGCACUUUAUCGACGUACUCUUAGUAAUGUCAUUUGUAAUUUAAGUGUAAUUUAUUGCCCUAAAAUCGAAGGUUAAGGGUGUCAGAGUUUACAUUUGUCUUGUGGCUAUGUUGUUGGGGGAAAUGACGAAAAUAGAGGACCAAUUGAUCUAAGUUUGUGCGUGCGCAUCGUGGUCGAUUAUAAUUGGCUGGGUCAAUUGGCUGUUCAGCAUUUCACCGCCCGCCUGUCAGCUACGGUUUAGAGCGCAGGUGAACGACUCCAUACGUCAUCAAUCGUCAGCUUACGUCACCCGCAGUGACCAAUCAGUCCCGCGUCAAACCGGCCACCGCUGACACUGUAGGCCCGUUCUGCGGCAAGAGAGGGAUCAUAACGACUCGGUUGUCCACUGUUGCGCUUUUUCAACGCCCACCUCCCCCCUCCCCACACACACACACACACACACACUCCGGUACAGGUCCACUGAUAGUCUCAUGUAUGUGUCAGCAGUCAAGCGCUUUGCUGUGACAUUGGAUUGCCCCCAAAAAUCAAACCUAGGUCUAUAGUCUAUUUCACGCCUAUGAUUUUCUCAAAGUAGUUAAAGGGUUGUUGUAAGGGAAGUUUGUUUAUUCGGACAAAAAACAGCAAAAUGAUAGGACGUCAGCGUAUGUUAAAUGAAACGGAAACCGUUUAGGUAAACUGAGGCAUCACUUCUAACACAAGAGCGCCCCCGUGUGGGCAAAAUGCUUCUCUUUCGAUGGAUUCGAUGGAUGCAGUUUCUAUAGCAACAUUCCAGAUUUCUCUGUACGGUCCAUCGUUCAGUACAGACGUUUAGGUGGAUUAAGCAUACACGUCCAAAAGAUCGACCCCAAUAUUUAUCUGUAUUCCAGCUGCUCACUGUGGUACUUGUGUCUUUGGGCCACGUGCACUUUAGUUAACCACAAAAAUAAGAUCUUAUUGUUUUGUUGUUUUUUAGCAAUAAAACAACGAUAACAACGCCGCCGGAAUGCUCCAGAAAGCAGACUUCCCCGUUAGGCUCAGAAAAAAUCACCGCUUCAAAACACACGGCACACACACACAAACGUCCUGCCCAGCGAUAGACCUACUGAGGCGAUAAAUGGCGUACGAAUCUGAGACGACCCAGCCAUGACACCCCACUCUCCCCUCGUCACUCCAGCACCGUACUCACCUAGAAGCGAAGUGCGGCACGACUCAAACCCCCCCCCU